UGUUUUAAAGACAUGAUUACUUUCUGGGAUUUACCAUAUGAGUAUGUGUUUUAUUGCACUGUCUAUAUGUCAGUAAGUUAGACUAAAACUUCCUGAUCAGCUGACUCGACGCAACAGGACCAUUUGAAAUCGAAAGUAAAGAACACAAGUAAAAGUAAAAUUGAUCCGCGGACACUUCACGAACAUGAGCUUCAGUCAAAGAAACAUCGAUAUCUGUGGUCUUUUAUAGCUAAAGGACAUACCUGUUUUGGUUUAAUUAAGCAUUUGAAGAUGCACCGAAUGAACUGUGUUUUGAUGUCAGUACUGCUGAUGAUCACCGAUGGUUUGAUUGUAAAAGGUCCCUCUGGUCCUCUGGUUGCUCCUCUGGGAUCUUCAGUGGUUUUGCCCUGUUCUGUUGAUCAACUUUUAUCAGUGGAGGGUCUGGAGGUGGAAUGGAGAAGAACAGACUCAGACACUUUAGUUCAUCUGUUUCAAGAUGGUGAGAGUCAAACAGGAGCCCACGAUUAUCAGGAUAGAGCUCAUUUCUUUACUGAAGAGAUUCAACGUGGAAACUUCUCCCUCCGUCUGGACGAUCUGAGAUCUGAAGAUGAGGGACGAUACACAUGUACAGUUCACAUUCAGCAAGAGUCUGGUGAGACUGUGGUUGAAAUAAAAGUUAAUGAUGUUGAGCGUUUGAGAGUAUCAGGAUCGAGUCGCUCCAUAUCUGCGUCUGCAGGUGAAGACGUCACUCUGAACUGCUCUGUAGAUUCUCACAUCACACCUGAAGACUUUGAAGAGGUUUCAUGGAAGAAAACAGAUGAAGAUGAAGAAAUUAUGGUUCUUUUCUACCUAAACAAUGAGGCUUCACCAGAGGCAUCAGAUGAGCGAUACAGAGACAGAGUUGAGUUCUUCACUGAUGAAAUCCCCAAAGGAAACUUCUCUCUCAGACUGAAGAGUGUCAGAACUGAGGAUAAAGGAGUUUACAUGUGUGAGGUGUUUGCUGGAGGACUUUCAGCCAAUACAACUGUAGAACUGGAGAGACUGGGUUUCUCUGUUUUACACAUAAUGGUGUUGAUUCUCUGUAUUUCUGCAUGUGGAUCUGCACUGCUGCUCUUCUGUCUGAUCUACUGCAGAUCACCUAUUAAAGACACAGUCUUCCGUCUUCAGAUGUUUCUCGUCUUCUGUCCAAAUGUUCUGAUGUUUCUUGCGUUUGUCCUCUGGGGUGUUUCUGAAGGAUCUCUGUUUGAGACGGUCUCUUGUUGUGCUCUUUAUUUUCUGAGGCCUCUCAUGUUGCUCUGGACGGCUCCGUAUGUGAAUGAGUUCACAGGCAGUAUUAAAACAUGGGUUCUGUAUGACAGUCAUGAGACAGAAUACAUAGUUUUCUCAGCUGUUUUCUAUUCAGUUCUGUUUAAAUCUGCCUGGGACAAAAGUCUGAAUUACACCGGAUUUGAACGCGUCAUUAUUAUCGUCCUCUUCGUGAUUGUGAUUCUGUUCAACCUCUUCUACAUUAUUUACUGUAAGUAUUUCCUUCCAUCAUUAGUCAGUGAGAUGAAUGUGCUGUGAAAUCACGUUUUACCAUAUUAAUGGUGUUUGUUAAAGGCACAAAAUAUAUAAAAAAAAAAAUAA